AUGGCAUGUAAAAUAGUGACGAAAGGAAAGAAAUAUUUUGCCAAAUUAUCAGAUAAGCAAGCUCCGUGUGCGUUUUGCAACCGUACUGUUGAUGAGGAGACUACAUUCGGCAAAUUAUAUAGCAUUGGAGACAUACAUUGCCAUUAUUUUUGCGUUUUGCUAUCCUGUUGUCUGGUACAAAGAGGGAAAGAUGAAGAAGGACUCUAUGGUUUUUUAUAUCCUGAUAUAUUAGCUGAAAUUGAGAGGAGUAAAAAACAUAAAUGCUCAUACUGCAAUAAAGAUGGCGCUACAUUGGGGUGCUCGGUGACACAAUGCAGGAAGCAAUUCCACUUGCCUUGUGGACGGGAGAAGAGUGCAGUUUCAUUGUUCUAUGGGAACUAUAAAUCGUUCUGCAAAGAUCAUGCGCCAAAACAGAAAGUACCUAACGUUAUAAUGGAGAAAGCUAGAGUUAGGAAGACUUUAGCGAAUAAAAUCAAAAGAUAUAAGUUAAAUAUUAAAGAAAACCCAGAUAAAGAAGACGAAAGAACAGUUUGUGUUAUCUGCUACGAAGCGGUGGACGGUUUCCCCACAGUCCAGACUUUUUGGCCGCCAUGUUGCGCUAGAGAUGCUUGGUUCCAUAGAAAUUGUAUAGAACGCAUGGCUUUAAGUGCUGGUGUCCAUUAUUUAAAAUGCCCGCUCUGCAACGACAAAGAUAAUUUCUACAAAGCAGUGCUAGAUCAAGGAUAUUACGUCCCGGACAGGGACGCAGCGUGGGAGUUAGAACAAAAUGCCUAUUCAGAUAUGUACGAGCGUCCGGCGGUGUGCUGUGUGGACGAGUGCAAGUGUCCCGACGGUCGCGAGUUCGAUGCUGAGUCCGGGGAAUGGGAUAUAUCAGCGUGUUUACUAUGCGGUGGUGGCGGCUCGCACCGCGCAUGCGCACAGCUGUAUGUAUGUGCUGCGUGCGCACACGCAGGGCUCACUACCGACCAGCUGUGUGCACUGAAAAGAGUGCCUCUGCCGUCUCAAAGUCAAACAUCGAGGAUAAGAACUCAUGGACCAAUAAUGCCGAGUAGGAUGUCAUUGCGGAGAACUAAACAAAGAAGUAAUAUGUAUACAUCAUCUACAUCAAUGCACAAUUUACAUACAAACGUUCAAAAUGUAUUACCAACAGAAGAAAGCCGAAUGGAAUUAAAUUUGAAACCACCGAAAAAACGUCUAUUUGAAAAUACAAGCUAUCAGAAAGCCGAUACAUUUUCAUCGCCAGUGAAAUUGAUUGAAAGGGAAAUAAAGGAGAGAUAUAAUACAAAUUGUAUCGCCGAUUUUGAUAAAGUUUUGACUAAAGUGAUGGAAAAGUUUCGGAAGCCCAGGCCUUUGGUUGAGAAGAAGAAAAUUGUGCAUAAAAUAAUAGAAGGGCUAAUAAAUAAUUUAAGUAAAGAAAAUACGAAAACCAAAGAAGUAAUUAAAGAGUGGAAUUCACCGAAGAAAUGUUUGAAUGAUGUAAAUGAAAACCCACAAGCAAUUAUAGAUUUAACUCCCAAAAAAGGAAAAUCUGAAUCAAAUGAAGAAUUAUUACUAAUAGAAGAUAAAAAAAUAAAAAAUAUAGAACAAAGAACUCCCACGAAAACAAUUUCGGUAGAAGGAAUAAGAGAUACAAUUUUAUUUAUAAAUGACACGACUAAGUUAAAAAAAAUUAACAUUCAAAGCGACUCUAUGGAAAUAUCUGAAAAUGAGGAAAAAGUGAACAUUGAUUUGGUGAAAGUUGAAGAUGAAAUGUCCCCGAAAACUGAUAAAAAAGGAAAAUGUCUCAAGUUCAGUCCGUUUGAAGGGAAUUUAGAAAAGAAUAUGGAUAUAGAUGUGGAAAGUUUUAAAAAUCAAUACUUAAAUGAAGUUGACAGAAAGUUUUGUUGUAAUUUCGAACACAAACACACAAACAAUCAGAAUAAUAAUGUACAAUUAAAAACCGCUAUCGAUUUCGCGGUGAACACUUUAAAUAAACCGCCAAAACGAAAACUACCAUCGGACAAUAAUGUUGCCAGCAAGAGAAUAAAAAUUACCAAAAUGGUCAAAAAUAAAAAAUACAAGAAUAAAACCGAAUUAUCGAUUCGCAAUAGGAAUAUUAAUUUGAGGAUUAAAUGGAAGAACGAGGAGGUGAAUUUGAAAAUUUCCAACUUGAAGAAGAGAAAUAGAAGGAGUAGGAAGAAAAAGAAGAAGGUUUUAAAACAAUAUGUACUGAGCCCUCAAGCGGAUGGCAGCGAUAUAAUAAGGAGACCUACGAAUGACGUCUCGCCAAUAAAAAGAAAAUAUAUUAAAACAGAAAAAUCCCAUCUUCCUGAAUGUGUCAGUUGUACUAAAACUGCUAAAGAGUUUUAUUCGUGCGAGGUGAAAAAUAAUAUUAUUCCUCAUAUAAGGCGGUUUCAACCCCCAUUUUCACCACGGAAGCAUCCGGGUACUAGGGCCUCUGCGCCCGGUCGCUCAAACAGUCGGGUCGACGUCGAGCAGUGGGGGGAUCGGUGCGGGCAUAUACAACAUUUUGCUGCUUGCUCAAGCGCUAGCUUUAGGUGCCGAUUCACCCUCCGCUCGCGCACACGCCCGAUCAUGUUGAGAUCGGUCGCGAGGCACCCGGAUGCUGACCAGGGAGCAUCCACGUCAGCAUCACAAGCACCUGAUCUCAGGCAGCUGUAUACUACUCUAAAUGAGUAUCUGCAGUUGGAGCACAAGUUCCAACCGAGAUUGUGUUUGCCAACUGAGGGAGAGAAUGGCGAAGUAACUACCGGUGCAAGAGAUGGCGCCGCACACGUCCUUCGCUGUCUCAAAGUUUGGUUCGAUCUUCCGGCGGAUGUGCUCAUUAGCGCCAUUAAUUUGUUUGAUCGCUUCCUAACUAAAAUGAAAGUGCGCCCGUGUCACGUGCCGUGCAUCACCGUAUCUUGUAUGAAUAUUGCGAUAGAUGAGUACGCGGAGAUGACGAAACAGCCGAGGAACGUUUCUGUCGAAGAACUUGUGUCUGUAUCCCAGUCGGCGUGCACGGCGGGUGAUGUGGCACGCAUGUCGCGCGUCAUCACCGAUAAGCUGGCGCUCGCCCAGCGCGGCUCAGUGAGCGCGCUGCACUGGGUGCGCCUGCUGAGGGCGCUGGUGCUGGCCGCUGCUGAGUCGCUGGGUAUGCACAACUGUGUGUUGCCGGAAACAGAACUAAUAAAUCUACUGGAGAUAGCAGUUUGCGACGCCGGCUGUGUGAACGCGCGCACGUGUGAACUGGCCCUCGUUCUUGUUUACCAUCAGUUAGAAAAACAACUGGUCGAAUGGAGUCGGCUGGCAGCAGAAGGAGGUGCUCCGGUGCCGGAGGAUGCCUACUACUUGUAUGAGUUUGCUGCUCAAUUACAAGCACAUUGUAAUAUGUCGGACGCGUCGCUGGUGCAGACGCGCGCUACGGCGCUCGCGGUGGCGGCGCGCUACGAGGCGCGGCAGGCGGCGCCGCAGCGGCAGCGGCUUGUGUGGCGGCUGUCCGAGAGAACUCUGAAGGUGCUUCGUCCCACGGACCGUCUAACGUCUCUAUUGCCGACCAUAGAGGAGCAACACUUGGCUGUGGAUGCAACGCCCAAACGAAACAGAUCCGGAAGCGAAAGCAGCGAAAGUGAAGAAACCUCUGACUGGCCAAGAAGUCCCGUUCUGCCCGUGUACUGCGACAAU